UUAAUGGAACCUCAAACUGACUUGCGCAUGUCAUUUAAGCAAGGAGUCAGUUAGGAAAUAUGCGCUAGUGCUUAGCAGUCAUCAAUGUCAAAUGACACAUCUAAUGCAUAAUUAUUAUACAUCGAAAAAUACAAGUCAAAUAAAUAAUUACCCAUAAAGAUAAUUAUCAGUGAGUAAUUGAAACAUUUAUCACUCAGAGGCAACGUGGACGGCACUGAUUCAAAGUGCCACGACAAAUGAUCGGAGCUGCAUGAAAAAAAUUGGUUAUGUCACCUUGUAAUUGAAUAUUCCAAGGGUGACCAAAACAAACCUAAAUGUUCACGGGUAUUUCUAUGUUUACUACAGCAGUUAGGCAGGCAUUUAAAAUGACACCAAACGUGGUUUUCGUGUUGGGUGGGCCGGGAGCAGGCAAAGGCACGCAGUGCCAAAAAAUCGUUGAACAUUUUGGGUACGUACAUCUAUCUGCUGGAGACUUGUUACGAGAAGAACGGAACAAGCCUGGCUCUCAGUACGGGGAACUCAUAGAAACAUACAUAAAAGAAGGCAAAAUCGUGCCAGUGGAAAUAACAUGCAGCUUACUGGAGCGGGCAAUUGAAGAGUCAGGCAAGAAGAACUUCCUAGUUGAUGGCUUUCCACGCAAUCAAAACAACUUGGAUGGAUGGAACAAAGUGAUGGCUGAUAAAGUGAAUUUGCAGUUCGUCUUGUUCUUUGACUGUCCGCUGGAAAUCUGCACGGCCAGAAUACUGAAAAGAGGCGCAACUAGCGGAAGAGUCGACGACAACAUUGAGAGUUUGAAGAAGAGAUUCAACACCUACUCAACUGAAACCAAACCAAUUAUAGAGCACUAUGCGAAGCAGAACUUGGUUAAGACUAUAGAUGCGACUAGGCCUGCAGAGGAAGUCUACAAGGAAGUAGAAAGUUUAUUUCGAAAAGGAGCUGGUGAUAAAUAGUAAGGUUUCAUGGGGCAAAUUGUGAGGCGUUAAAAAAAUAUUACCACUGUUAACUGUUGUGCUAGAACACAUUCCUAAAUGUAGUUUUCAGUUUAUGUUGGCUUAUAGAUUCAUUAGCUUUGCGAAAUUGAGAGCUUAACUCUUACUAGUUGGGCAAUUCUAAAAGUGUGUUUAAUUGAUUAAUUAAUUUAGCAUUAACCUGUACGUUUUGGCCAAAUACUAGUAUAUUGAACUCUAAUUAAAAUAAUGUGCUGGCUUU